CUAGAAUCAAGAUCUGUCAACAGAACCUACAUCAUGUCGCGUCGCGGAGUCGGCCUCGGGGCCUUUGCAAAUCGCACUCAAGCAACCCAAUCAUAUGCUACUCAUGGCGCAAACCUACGCUCUACCCAUACAGCCUCUCUUCAGACCCAGCUCUCGGUCUUCCAGUCCCUGCUCCAUACCUUUGCCCUGGAACAUAGCUCCACUAUCAAAUCCGAUCCAACCUUCCGAGCGGAAUUCGCGCGCAUGUGCAAUACCAUCGGAGUUGAUCCUCUUGCCGCAAGCAACAUCAAAGGCAAGAAUGGUCGCCGUGGGCUGGGCGAGGGAGGUAGCUUCUGGACCCAGAUACUGGGAGGGGAUAUGAAUGAUUUCUACUUUGAGGUUGCCGUCCGAGUCGUGGAGCUGUGUAGAGAAACAAGGAGUGAAAAUGGCGGGCUGAUUGGUGUGGAAGAGUGCCGCAAACGAGUGGGGAAGGGCAAGGCGAUCGGGAGCGGGCUCGAGGUUUCAGAUGACGAUAUCUUACGUGCAGUCCGGUCCCUUGAGCCUCUAGGCUCUGGGUUUUCCAUUGUCAACGUGGGCAGCAAGCAAUAUAUUCGAUCCGUUCCAAAAGAGCUCAACACUGACCAAGCAACUGUCCUAGAAGCUAUCCAGGUUCUAGGAUAUGUCAGUGUCUCUAUGCUGCGAUUAAACCUCAAGUGGGAAAAGGCUCGAGCGCAAACAGUAAUCGAUGACCUGAUUGCUGACGGUUUAGUCUGGGUGGAUGCCCAGGGCCCUGAAAAGGAGUACUGGUCACCUCAGAAUCUGCUCGAUGAUAGCGGGUGAAACUUUUUACGCUUUGUCGUACGACAACUUUCCCAGCCACAACCAGACCUACCAGGGGGCUAUGCGCACCUCAAGGCCUACACGUAGACAUCUUGCAGCGUUGCAGUAUCUUGCCCAUGCGAAAGACAAUCAGAUCAUUGUCGGCCUAUGCAGGCCAAGCCCGUUUCAUCAUAUUACAGCGGUUCACGA